AUGACGAAGGGCGGCGGCAGCGAGACGGGCGGGUGCCUCUGCAUCGGGGCGCCGAUGCGCGCGCUGUCGCGGGCGUGCGACUCGGCCUGCGACCUCUACGUGCGCGGCAUGUCCGGGUGCGCCACCCGCGUGCCGGCGGGGGCGGUGGCAGGCGGCCGCGGCUCCGGCUUUGUCAGAUCGGCCACGGCCGUGCACCUGUGGACGAGCUCCGACCGCGCCGACGACCUCGUCCGCGCCGGGUCGACGAAGCAGCGCCGCGUGGCGACGGCCGAUCAGCCGGCGGAUGUCGGGGCGGCAAAGAAGGGCCGCCUUAGUCCGGUGGCGCCGGCGAUCGUGCCGGCUCGGAGGAAGGGGCCGGCGAUGGCGACCAUCGCCGAGAACGGGCCGUGCGACUUCGGCGCCUGCGCGCUGAGGCCACCGGAGCUGAGGAAGCGCGCCACGGCGGUCGGCGGGCAGGGCGCGCCUGGCGGUGGGUUUGUCGCCGUCAUCGCGGGGACCGAGGCCUUCGCGGCUCGAUCGUGA